AUGCGAAUCUUUCUCCUGCCUCUCACCACGCGACAAGCACUCGUCUUCUGUCAACGCGGCGCCCAAAAGUCGAACGCCAAGCCGACCAUCAUCGAUCGAGUGACGGCGAAGGCAGCGGAGACAUGGGCCAAAUGGGAAGCAGCAGAUAAAGGAUGGAGAAAAACAGUUGUAUACUAUGGCAAUCAAGGCCUGCAGCGCAUACCUUACCAGGAAUGGGGACUAAAGAGCUUUCCUCCUUCCAACCCCAAACUGCAGGCCGAGCAGAUUGCAGAAGGCAAGAAAUUCGAUGUCAUCUUUCCUGGUAAUGUCAUGCACAAAGACGAUGUGCCAAAAGUUCUGGCAAGGUUGGCGAGGGAAAGAAAGCAACUGCAUUGGAACCGUUUCAUUGGAAGCAUGGUCGCCAUGCCCCUCUGCAUACCAUUUGCACUGGUGCCCGUAAUACCCAAUUUUCCCUUUUUGUAUGCUGCAUACCGGUGUUGGUCCCAUUGGAAAGCAUUGAAAGGUUCAGAUCACUUGGAUUUCAUCCUGGAUAAUCGACUUUUUCGGCCAAUCUCACCUCCAGAGAUUGAGGAUCUGUAUGAGCAAGUGGCACCUGAUGCACCGGAUUUCACGUUUGUCACGCGAAGCGAAGUCCUAGACGACAGUGCGCCACCCGAACAAAUUAUCCUUCCAGCAGACAGCCACAACCUGGUGGCCAAGGUGACAGGAGUACCAGAGCUGAGCGGAGAGGUGGAAAGGGCGAAUUGGCAAAUCCAAAGACAGUUCAGGCGCGAAAAGCAACAACAUGAGAAGCAGGCCCUAUCGCAGUCUAAAAAAGAUGCUGGAAGCACUGGGCCCAAAAACAAAGGCCAGUAA